AUGGCGAGUUCUCUUGCUGCGCAAUUGGCGCAGAUCAACGCCAACUCGAAGGCCUCCUUGGACGUCAAGGCCCAAAAAGCUGCCCAUUCCAAGUCCUUGAUCUUCGAGCCGAGAGUUGCGGCAACCCAGAGCUACCAUACCCUGUAUACGAUAUGUCUAGAAGGCUUCGAGGAGCUUUGCGAACUCGAUGGACGAUUCAAGCCCUUUUCCCUCACUCUUUUCAGCGAGCAGAGUCAGAGCGAAGAUCGAACCCAGAUGACCGCUGCUGAAAAUGCCGAGUUGGACAACAAAGUCGAGUCUUUCCUGCGCCUUGUUGGCAGCAGACUACGCCUCAUGCCUGCGAUCAGAGCUCUGGAGUGGCUGGUACGAAGAUUCAGAAUUCAUGAAUACAACACCAAGUCUCUCAUUACGACAUUCCUCCCGUACCACUCUAUUCGCGCCUUCGCCACGGUGCUCUCGAUCCUGCCCCCGAAGAUUCCGCACGAGUACCGAUUUCUGGACCCAUACAUCAGGUCUCUCACCUCGCCUCCGCGGUCUGCCCUGGUCCAGGAAUCGAUCCACAAGUUCGCCUUCCUCAACACUCUCUCCGAAUACACGCUCGAGGCUUGCAGGAAUCAGCAACAAUAUCCUACGUUGGUGUCGUUCUGGGGAGGCAUCAUGACGGAAGCCGUCAACGGCAUGCUGGAGAAUAUGCGAUCCGGUCGCCAAGCCGUUCAAAACGAGAACAACCAGACUUUCCUGUCCCACGUGGGCCCUAUCUUCCGCGAAGCGCUUGCCAUGAAGAAGGUCCCGAACAUGCAGAUCGCGUCCUAUAUGGCAAUCACGAUAGUUGCUGCGAAGGGCAACUUCGAAGACGGGAUACUGUCGGCAUUUAUGGAACAAAUUGUCUCGGGCUGGACUGCCGAAAUCGUGCGCCCGGGUCUUGUUACCCUGUGCAUUCUGGCGCAAUACCGAUCCGCCAAGCAGCUAUCCGGAAAGGUCACAAAGGCACUGCUGAAGGUGAAGGACUUGGGCGAGAUUCUGGUUGAGCUGGGCCAGGAAAGGAGGGUCGACAAGCUGACGAACGGUCUUUGCAUUGCCUUCAUCGAGAGGCUGUGCAAGAAGGGCGACGCUCGUGGUCUGCCCAUCAUUCGAGCCAUCCUGAUGAGCCAGAUUCUGAAGCACAAGCAGAUUGCUGUCAUUUUCAAGUCACUGGUUCUGGCAGCUCAUAGACUGGACGACGAGGUGGACAAGAACGGCGAAAUUCGCAAGGAGCUCGGAUCUACACUCAUCGACCUUUCACGUUUCUCCGGCGACACCAGCGACAUCAUCCAGACUGUCCUCGAGGAGGUCGACUUCGACGUAGAAGAGUUGGAAAUGAAGCUGGAUGUCUCGAUCAGGCAGAAGAAGGCCUUACCCUCGGCCGAAGACGACAUUGAGAUGGGCGACAAUGUCCCUGCCAAGGAAGACUUGCGAGAGACUAUACAUGAACUCGCUGGACAAGAGCGCACUCUUCCCUCGUGCUUGUCUACCAAGCCUGGCGAAGUUUACGAGGAAUUCAGCCAACUCUUCCUCCGUGUAGUCUCCCAGCAAUCCGAAGACGCUACGCUCCUGGCAGACUUUGACGACCUGCCGGCACUUAGCCGACAGACCGCCAUCAGCAACAACACCUACAUCACAUUUUUCGUUCGAAUCUGGUGCGGGCCGUACCCAACACUUGCCCGCGCUGCUGCUCUUAAUGUAGUGAAGAAGCGCUUGAGUGACGGAGAUGGCAGCGAGAUGGACUUCCAGGCCCUCGUUCCCUACUGUCUCGUUGCGCUCGUUGAUACCUCCAAGAAGGUUCGUAAGGCUGCGGCUGAGUUGCUCAUCCAACUUGGUCAAAUCUUUCCUCCUCAGUCGGCCAAAAAGUCUGUGUGGGGCGGCAACAACCUCUACGAUGAAAGUGCCAAGGUGCACUGGAUGGAUGCCGACGCGGUUUCCCGCCUUCUUCAUGGUGUCAUCCUCCCGUCGCUUGAAGAAUGCAUCAUGCAUGAAGAACACGUGUGCGCAAUUCUGUACUCGAAUCUCGACAGUAGCGCCAAGGCCGAGGGUGGCAGCGGGAAAAAGGUUCUCACUCAAGCAAACAGAACCUCCCUUCUCACUUUCUUGGCCAGUCACGUCGUAGCGACCCCUCUUCUCCGGGUCAAGUCGAGUCUUCUGUCGGUACUGAACCGCGUCAAGGGAGUGUCGUCUACUUCGAGAACGAAGGUGCUCCUCCCUGCAUUCAAGUGGUGGGCAUCUUUGUCUGCGGAGGAAGCUGACCGCCUUUGCACGGACGAGGAGGUUGACCAGUCAAUGCUUCACACUAGAUUUGCAGAGAUUGUCGUUGCAAAUGACAGCGAAGGACUUGACUGUCUUCUCUCGGUCUUCAAGGCACGGGAAUCCGCGAAACGUCCAGAGUUGGUUGGGUCGAUUUCCGCACGUAUCCGUGCUAUUUGGAGUUCCAUGAAGGCAGACACCAAGUUUGGCGUUGCUGAGACCAUGCUGGAGCUUACCAAGGCCCGCCAGGUGUCUCCUGACGACGAAGAUAUCAUCGCCGACGAGGCCGCCGACUUCUUGAGGAAUGUGGAACUCACCACCGAGAUUCUGUCCUCCUUCCUCGAAGAAAUUCAGAACGGUACUAAACUCAUUACUGGACCACCUCCCAACAAGAGGCGCAGAACAAGCUCUUCUGAGGCCAACCGCGUCGUCAGCGCGCAAGCCAGCGCUGAACUCAGCGCAACUUUGAGGCUGGUGACUUUUGUUCUUCAGCUUGUCGACGGUUCCAACCCGGCUUCCCACCCAGAGCUCUUGGAUAGCCUGUUCGGCACCCUCUCCGAGCUUCAGCACUUCCGCACUGUGAUCGGAUCUGAACUCGGAUACCUGCAAAACCUGGUUCUCACAAGCCUGAUUGCUAUGGUGCCUGCCUACAGAGACAACAGGAGAUUGAAAAUUGACAGCUCAGGUGGACAUGGCGAUCUUCUUGUCAACUGCAUCCAGAAGUCUUCAAGCCCGAUCGUGCAGAACUCGGCUCUGCUUCUCAUCGCCAGCCUAGCGACGGCUGCCCCUGAUCUGGUGCUUCAUAGUGUGAUGCCCAUUUUUACUUUCAUGGGAGCCUCCGUCCUGCGCCAGAACGAUGAUUACUCGGCUCAUGUGGUCAAUCAGACUAUCAAGGAGGUUGUCCCGCCUUUGAUGCAGUCACUCAAGAAGGGCAAACGCAACCCAGUCGCUGGUGCCACUGAACUUCUUGCAAGCUUUGUUACCGCCUACGAGCAUAUCCCAUCUCACCGCAAGCAAGGCUUGUUCGCUGCCCUCGUUAACACCCUUGGCCCCGACGAGUUCCUGUACGCCCUGUUGGCUAUGCUGGUCGAUAAGUACGGCCCUAAUGAUAGCUUGAUGGCGUUCGCCUCAGAGCUGCUGGGCGCCUACAGCGCUGAAGUCCAGCUCCAGACUCUGGCCAAGCUAUUGGACUUGAUCAGUGACAUUUUCAAGCCUAAGCCUGGCCUGUCGGCGACUCUGCUUGGCGUGGGCGAAGAACUGUCUGAGAAGAAACCCGAGACCACCGCACUCAAGCAGUUGACCGUUUUCCCGGCUCUUCUGUCAAGCAGGAAGCUGCGCAAAGAAGUCGGCAUUCUUACGGAGAAGGACGACAUGGACGCUUCCAAAAUUCGGGAUCUGUAUGCUAUUCUUCUUCGGGACGUGUUGGCUCUUGCCGAGACUGUCAAGCAGCAGAAGGCGUUGCACGAGUGCUGCGGCAACGCUCUCGCCAACCUUCUCAACUUGCUUUCCAUCGGUGAAUUCAUCAAGUCGGUUGAGAAUCUCCUGGAUCGUACGGAGAUCGACCUUAGGCGCAAGGUUCUCCGUGCUCUUGAGGUCCGCGUAGACCAGGAGAACGUUGCGAAUGUCGCCUCUAGAAAUGCUCUCCUCGCUUUCCUGCCGCAGCUUACUGCCGCCAUUCGGGACACCGACGACAUCAAGUACAAGCACACGGCCGUCGCUUGCAUCGACAAAAUUGCGGAGAAGUACGGCAAGAAGGAUGUCGAGACUGUUGCUGCUGCCGCCUCAACUAUUGCCGGGGUCCACUGCCUGGGUCAACCAGAUCUCCGCCUUCGCGUCAUGGCUCUGCUCUGCCUUGCGUCUCUUGUUGACGUUCUCCAGGAUGGUAUCCUCCCUGUCCUCUCUCUUGCUGUCCCCCAGGCAAUCCUGUACAUCCAGCAAAGCGUCGAGCAGAACGAGCCCGCUAUUGAGCUGCACAACGCCGGCUACUCAUUCAUUGCGGCCCUGGCUCAACACUUGCCUUACAUGCUCUCUGGCAAGUAUCUGGACAACAUCUUGCUUGCAUCCAACCAAUCUGCUGAGGCCGACUUGAAUGGCGAGGCUAAUGAAGAACGCCUCAACUGCCUCAAGCUCCUCGCCAGGAAGGUUGAUGCCAAGGUCAUGCUUGCUAGCUUGGAGAAGAACUGGAUUCCAGCCACCGAAGCUGGCUACAAUGCCACCGAUGAAUGGGUUGACAUCUUCGAUUUUGUUGUAGAGAGCAACACCAAGUCCGUCAUCACUAAGAACGUUACUACCCUGUCGGCAAUCCUCCUCAGCGCCCUUGAUCUGCGGAGAAGAGAACAAGCGACUGGCAAGCUCACGCCUUCAGCAUCCCAGCGCGUGUCCAAGAUCGAAGCCGCCAUCAACGAGGUGGCGUUGAAGGUGAUCUACAAGCUCAACGAUGCAGCGUUCCGGCCCAUCUUCUCACAAAUCGUGGAAUGGUCCACGCAGUUGCCCAAGCAAGACAUCACCGGACGUGCCAUGCGCCGCUUCAGCAUCUAUGGUUUCUUCAAUGUGUUCUUCGAGAGCCUCAAGUCUAUUGUCACCAACUACGCGACCUACAUCGUGGAUGACGCCGUCGACAUCAUCAGCACUUGCGACCUCAAAUUGCCUGAGCAAAAGGAGCUUUGGCAGAGAGUGCUCUCAACGCUGGCAAGAUGCUUCGAGCACGACCAGGACGACUUCUGGCAGGCUCCUGCCCACUUCAGCAAGGUCGCACCCGUCUUGGCCGAGCAAUUCCUGCACGCUGCUUCAGUCGACCUCUCAGCCGAGCUCAUCCCCGCGGUUGUGGAAUUGGCCGCUGCGGCGGACUCGCAGGAGCAUCAGAAGGAGCUCAACAGCUCCGUUCUUCGUCACCUACGCUCAGAACAGGCUGCGGUCCGCCUGGCGGCUGUCAAGUGUCAACAGGAGCUGGCCGGAAAGAUUGGCGAGGACUGGCUGGCUGCGCUGCCCGAAAUGCUGCCUUACAUCAGCGAACUGCAGGACGACGACGACGAGGUAGUCGAGCGGGAGACCCACAGGUGGAUCGUCAAGAUCGAGAGCGUGCUCGGAGAGAGCUUGGACUCCAUGUUGCAGUAA